CUUCACCGUGGUCAGUUCACUGAAAAUGGCACAUUUGGCGGUUCUUAUCAUCCUGGGGUUGCUCCAGUAUACUCAGCAGCUACCGACCGAACAAGUGCAGGUCAAGCAGGGAAGUGAAGUGGAUCCAGCGAGGGAGCUGAACUUGGAUCUUCUACCAAGUACCACAUGUGGCCGCUACAUCCAGAACCGGAUCGUGGGCGGACAAAACGCCUCCCUGAUGGAGUUCCCCUGGAUGGCGCUGUUGGGCUAUGUUGGACCAGCGGGGACAGACCUGCACUGCAUGGGAACGCUAAUCAGCGCGCGUUACGUUCUGACGGGAGCAACUUGCGUGUUUAGGAAAGUGCCAAAUUUCGUUCGAUUGGGCGAGCACACCAUCGGCCCAGAUAAGGAUUGCAACGUGAACGACGCAAGCGACUGUGCUCCACCAGUGCAGGAUCUUGACAUUGAGUACAUUGUACGCCACCAGAGUUACAAUCUGCGCCCGAAUCAGAAUGAUAUAGCGUUGAUUCGACUAAAGGAGGAGGUCACAUUCGAAGAUCACAUCCAACCUGUCUGCCUCCCGGUGACAUCGGAACUUCGAACCAACAAUCCUGCCGAGUACAUCAUAGCCGGAUGGGGUCAAACGGAUCAUUUGAUUGGUGAGAUAACUGAGACCCUACAGAAGGCAACGGUUCCAGCGGUUCCGGAUCGCGACGAGUGUCAGCGGGAGUUUGGAAAUUCCAGUCGAGUAAACAUCACCGAUGGACAUCUCUGCGCCGGAGAACGCGGUGGAGCGGAUACCUGCAACGGGGACAGUGGUGGCCCAUUGGGAUAUCCAGCUCAGUUGAACGGGAUUCGCUUCGUUCAGUACGGCAUAACUUCAUUUGGUCGUAUUUGUGGCAGAGGACCGUCAGUUUACACAAACAUUGCCAAGUAUAUCGAUUGGAUCGUGGCCAACAUGGAGCCAUGACAAAGCUCAAUAAAAAUUUAGAUCCGUUCAAAGUGCUGUUUCAAUCUAGUAGUCUGCCAGAAGUACCAUCCCGGGG